AUGCAGGGCGGUGGCAUGCAGAGCGCGGGGUACGUGGUGGCGGACAACCGGGAGAGGGAUAGCAAGAGGGACGGCGGCAGCGGUGCUGGUCAGCAGGGGUCGGGGCAGCAGCAGGGCCGCGGGCGUGGCGCAGGUGCAGGCAUGGGUGGUGGUGGUGGUGGUGGUGGUGGUGGUGGUGGUGGUGGUGGUGGUGGUGGUGGUGGUGGUGGUGGUGGUGGUGGUGGUGGUGGUGGUGGAGGACGUGCAGGCGGAGCGGGCGGCAUGAGCGGAGGGGCGGGGCGGCAGGGAGCGGCGGGACGCAUGGGUGCAGGCGCAGGGAAGGGGGCUGGCGCGGGGUUGAGGGGGAGCGGUGGGGGAGGCGGAAACUGCAAUGGAAGUGGGUCUGGGUCUGGAAACUGCAAUGGGAGUGGUGCAGUUAGGAAGGGAGGGAGGAUGGGAGGACGUGGGGGCAGUGACGACAAUGACGGUGAUGACUAG